ACAGCAGUGAAAGAUUCCAAAAUGGCUCCUGUUGUUGUUGUUUUUGAUUUAUCAUCUAUAAGAAGCAUUUGGGAAGGAAGAAUAAAAAAACAGAAAGAACGGCAGCGAAGAGAAAGAGAAAGACAGGAAAACAGUGCAUUAACAAAGAUUACUGAAGAGUGGACACUGAGACUUGAACGUAGAAGAAGAGCCAUUAACAAGUAUAUUCAGAACAAAAAAGAUCAAUUAAGUGAUGAAGUGCAUGUUCAGAAGAAUCAAUUAAAUGGCACAGAAAAGAACUCACAGCUCACUGGAUAUAGAAACCUAAUUUUACCAGAAUCGAGAAAGGAUGUCACAAUUGAGGAAAGAAAAUUUAUUUUCGAACUGCGGGGAAUAGAGUGGAAGGAAUUUCCUGAAACGUUAAAGGACAAGACUUAUCUAAAAGAGUGGCAUAUUAAGAAAACAAGCAUAGAACACAUCCCAUCUUUUAUUGUCAUGUUUCAGAACCUGAUUGUGAUGGAUUUGUCCAGGAACUGUAUCAAGGAACUUCCAGUUGAAAUAGGCAAAAUGGUCAGCCUGAAAGAACUGAAUGUUAGUUUCAAUAAGCUGACAUCAGUCCCACUGGAGCUUGGAUGUUGCGAGAAUCUAGAGAAACUGAAUUUAUCGAAUAACCUGGAAUUGAUAGAGCUCCCAUUUGAGCUGCGGGAUCUGCAAAAACUGAGUAGCUUGGAUUUGUCCUCAAACCAGUUUCAAAGCAUGCCUAUCUGUGUGCUCCGAAUGACAAACCUCAAGAAUCUAGACAUUAGCAACAAUAAACUGAAAGACCUGCCUCAAGAUUUAGACAGACUUGCUGAGCUAGAGUCCCUGUACCUUCAGAAGAACAAGCUGACCUAUCUGCCCAAAGUCUUGUGCAGAAUGAAUAAACUAAAGGUACUAGUUGUCAGUGGCGAUGACAUAAAGAAAUUGCCAACUUCUCUGACAACUGACCCCAAUUUAAAAUAUAUUGAUCUGAGGGAAAAUCUGCUUGAAGACUGGGUGCUCAAUGAAAUCUUUGAAAAUGAUGAAGACCAAGAAGAAUUUGAAAAAGACUUGAUGCAAAUGUAUUUUAAGGAUUUGGAAGAGAGAGAAACAGCUCCUGCUUAUACUACAAGGGUAUCUCUAAGCCUACAGCUCUAACAUACACUACCAAAAUUGUGGAUCUGAAGAGAAUGAAACUUGGUGACACUUUGUGAAGAAUCUAUCCAAUCUACUAGGAAAAUGACAUAAGCAAGUUAGCAGUGAGAUAUGAGAACAAAUAUCGAUCUGAUUUAAGGGU